GAAUAUUUCCAUUUCUGUCAACAUCUUGGAAUGGCUGCAGUGUCAUUAGUAUAUCGUGAUAUGAAUUUAUUGGAGAAUCAAAUUCCACUCUGGGUUAUUAAGCUCUUGAUUAAUUUAAUAUACGGAGAAGGAUCCAUGUUACUUUGUAAUUUCUUAAGUUCCAUGAUUUUGGAGAAUACCAGUCUAACAAGAAUUCCUGGAGAAGAUAAAAAGCAACCACUUCACCUUCUAGAUGCUUAUCAUCGACUACUUGCCCAAGAAUGGGAUACAGCAGGAAAAAUACUCGUCCAGCCUGUUAAAAAAAGUCAAUGGCGGUCGUGGAAGAAAGAGAAUCGAAAGGAAUUUGGGAAAUGCAAUCGUCAAUUUCGUUCAAUCACCGAUCUCAAAGCAAAAGAUGUGAAGGAACUGCGAGAAAAGAAGAUACUCUUUAGCACCCUCGACAGUGAUGAACAAGUUGUUGAAGUAAUCAAAGAGAUUGAUACUUCCGGACUUGACAAUUACUAUAUUUUUGAUGAUGUGAAGAUGAGAAUCGAGAAGCACUGCAGUAGCAAGGCAAAAACAUGGAUUGCUGAAUUAAUUCAUACUUAUUUUCGCAAUCCGUGGACUUUCAUUGCCUUACUCGCUGCCACUUUUCUUCUUUGCUUAACUUUUCUCCAGACCUAUUACACAGUGAAUCCUAAGUAAAGGUGUGUGGCAAAUUCUGUUCUUCAAGUUUUAGUCGAGAUAUGUUUCGAUUCUUCCAAAAAAGAUAGGUUUGAUGCUUUUGUAUUUAUUGUAUUAACCUAUGUUUGUAUUAUAGGAAUUCAAAUCUAUAAAAGUAGUAUUAUAACAAA